CAACACAUACGAUAAUUUCUUAGACAUUUAAAAUUUCUGUUUUUGGGUGAGCUUAAGGGGGGGGGCUCUUCUGUCGGAAACGAGGGCUCUAUUGUCGUGAAUGAUUUUACGACAGUAUUUCCGGCAAUGUCAUGGCGGCGUUCGGAGGUACGUUUGAAAGUUCAGACAGCAUCGAGAGCAGGAGAGAAUAUAAACGCAAAGAAAGAGAAGAGGUGCUCCGGAAGGCCAAGGAGAAGUUUGAGAAGGAGGAGAGGAGGAAGGACCUGAAGAGGGCCCGUGGAGAGGGCACGUGGAUGCUCCCUGAGGUGGACCUGAAGCUGCAGCAGCUGGACCAGGAACACAAACAGAAAAAGAAGAAGAGCAAGAAGGAGAAGAAGAAGAAGGCAAAGAAAGAGAAGAGGAAAGCGGAGGAUGUGUCCAGCGGCAGCUCGGAGGGGUCUGAGGAAGAGUGGGUGGAGGCCCAGCCGGUGGUGGAGGUCGCAGCCAAGCCUUGGAAGAUGGGCGGGGAGAGUCGGCCAGAGGAGGCCCCUGAAGCUGAGCUGAAGCAGAGAGACGAGUGGAUGACCUUUGACUUCCUGUCCAUGAAGACCACGUCUGUGGUGGAGAGGAGGGCGGAGAAGGAGAGGGAGAAGGAGGCAGAGCGGGAGAGGAGCCAGGUGCUGGAGCAGGCCGGCCUGCACAAGCUGGAGCUGAACCCCUACUGGAAGGAUGGGGGGUGUGGCCUACCCCCAGAGAACAUUGCUGCCCCUUCCCACAAAGCUGCGGUGGUAGAUGACGGUGGCCUGGGCUGGCUGCGCAGGUCCUACCAGCGCAUGAAGGAGCAAGCCGAGAGGGAGAACCGCAGUCUGGAGCAGGUGGUCUCCGAGAGAUACGGGUCAAUGGAGAAGUUUCAGAAGAGGCUGGAGGAAGCGGAAAAGGUUGCCGAGACCCGGAGAAGGGGACCCGGACGUGACGGGAACGAGGGAAGGGGGUGGAAGAGGCCAGGGGCCACAGACGACAGCUCAGACAGAGACCAGGAGUCCAAUCGGGGCCGACGGGGCGAACGGAGUCUCCCAGAAGGCAGGGGUAGCAGGCGAGACCGAGACCGGGACAGUGACCGGGAUGGAGGUCGGGGGAGGGGACACCCUGAGCAGGACGGGGACAGGGACAUAGACCGAUACAGGGAUUGGCAUCGGGAAGACAGGCAGAGCAGAAGGGACAGGGGGGACCGGGCAGAUGAGGCUGGGCACAGAGCCGCGGAGGAGCCUCGCCCCCGCAGAGAGAGCCCUCGGCCUGCGGAAGACCGGGCCAGGCUGCUUCCAUCCAGCAGCUCGCUGAAGGCCCGGUUCCUGAAGCCCGCAAAGGACGAGCCGGGUCCGGCCUGGGCGGGGUCACACCAGGGCACCGGCGGGUUCCUCAAACCCCGCAGCGAGGGCAACCACGAGGGUACCCGUCCGGCCUGGAGGAAGCCGGGCUCAGCUGGGGAAGAUGGCGCGGGAAGGGCGGCUGGGAUGGCCACCGCCGUGCCGGAGUCCACUGAACCGGAGCGCCGGUCUCCGGAGCGUCAUGGGGGCAAGGAUGUGGGAUCACCGCCCAGGGUCACGGAGUCGGAGAGUGGGGAGGAAGAAGGCGGGCAGGAAGAGGAGGAGGAGCUGAUCCUCACCGAUGAGGAGAUGAACAAGCUUGGGGCCAAGUUGGUGAAAGCUGAGCUGAUGGGAAACAAGGAGCUGCAGGAGAAGCUGAAGUCCCAGCUGGAAGCUGCCCGCCGGGCCAAAGAGAAGCGCGCUCAAGGCAGCGGGAAGCAGGUGUCUGGACGGGUGGAGGAGGAUCAGGAGGUGGUUCUCUACCGGACCGAUCACAUGGGUAGGGCGUGGCCCGUCAAGGGCCCGUCAGAACCCCAGGAGCCCCGGGGAGGACGCAGGAAGAAGACAGCGAUGGAGACUCACCGUGAUGGCGAGCGUGUUCGCUAUUUCCAAGACGACGACGCUAUGGACCUGCAGGAGAUGGUGCGCCGGGAGAAGAUGAGCACUGCAGGAGACCAAAAUGCGCUGUACUCUCGCAUGGCAGCUAAGAUGAUGGGCAAGCAGGAUGGAGACAACUACACGCUGGACGACAUGUUUGUGUCGAGUGCGGCCCAGAGAGAGCGCUCCGGCCAGGAUGAGCAGCGCCAGCGUGAGCGGGCCGUACAAGAGCACCGCCGGCUGGCCAGUGCCAUGGACAGGUGCCCCUACUGCUUUGACAGCGCCGAGCUUCCCAAGCACCUGGUGGUGGCCAUCGGAACCAAGGUGUACCUAUCCCUGCCCAAUGCCGUCUCCCUCACGGAGGGACACUGCCUCAUCUGUCCACUGCAACACAACACCACCUCCACCGCCCUGGACGAGGAUGUAUGGGCAGAGGUACAGAUAUUCCGUAAAGCGCUGGUGAAGAUGUUCCAGGGGCAGGACCUGGACUGCGUGUUCCUGGAGACCCACAUGAACCCGAAGCGGCGCCUCCACAUGGUGUAUGAGUGCAUCCCCCUCCCCCGGGAACUGGGUGACAUGGCGCCCAUAUACUUCAAGAAAGCCAUCCUGGAGUCCGACGAGGAAUGGGCCAUGAAUACAAAGCUGGUGGAUCUGUCUUCAAGGGAUAUCCGGCAUGCCGUCCCCAAAGGUCUCCCGUUCUUCUCAGUGGACUUUGGGCUUCAGGGAGGAUUCGCUCAUGUCAUUGAGAACGAGCAGAAGUUUCCUCAUUACUUUGGGAAGGAGAUCCUUGGGGGGAUGCUGGACCUGGAGCCCCGGAGAUGGCGAAAGCCAAUGCGGGAGAACUUUGAUGACCAGAGGAAGAAGGUCCUGCAGUUUGCACAGCGGUGGAAGCCGUUCGACUGCACCAAGACUGAUGGAUGAUUGCGCAGCCGGGAUGGACGGACUCUAACCUGGACCCUGACAUGAGCCCUAAGGACCACAGACUCCCUCAUUGUGCUGAAGGUGGAAAGGGGCCCCGGUGUCACAUCCCUGGGUGUCACAUCCCUGGGUGUCACAUCCCUGGGUGUCAGACGUGUCCCUGGUUUGACUCUGGGGCCGAUUCAGAUGUGUAAGGGUUAGGAAUUGUGUCCAUUACUCAACUGCAGACUGCGAGGCUGGUGUUUAAAGUGAAUGUUUUUUUUUUAAGAAUUAAAGCCUAAGAAUUUGUUUGGUA